GUCUAAGUUUGUUCAGCAUCUUGAAGGUGACGUGAGGCAGCGUUACGUGGAAAAGUGUUCCAGGUUGGGGAUUGCAGAUCCGUACAACUUGCCGCAAUCCUUGUUCAGGAAAAUUCGGAGCUGCGGUGCCAGCGAUUUGCCCGAUCUGGCCUACCACGACAUUUACAAUUUUCUUGUUAAUCGUGAAUCGUGUUACACUGGCAAAGCCCUCAAAGCUUACAAGAGCCUGGAAGCUUAUAAAUAUUUUGUUGCGGGAUGGGCAUCCCAACUAUACCUCUGGAAGGUUCCGAAGAAGAAUGUCUACUUGAUAACCUCACGGGAUUACAGUAGGCUUGCCAUCGCAACACUACAAUGACUGCUGUGGCUGUAGGUUCCCUGCAGUAAGCACUUAAAGGUUAUGCUGUCCGAAAACUCCCAGCUGAGUCUGAGCAAAAGAGAAAAAGGCUAACGCGCAAUCACAGAGACGCACAGACACACAGACGGCACACCAAGCCAUGAGUGACUCUCAGGACGCUGGAGACACCGUUGCUGCUGCAGGACUGGCUGGACAAUUUCCGGCUGCAGUGCCCCUUUCUCCCCGUCGGCAUGGCGACGACGUCGAUGACGAAGAUGACGGGGACCUGAAUAAGACUCUGGGAGUGCAGCGCUUCCAGCAGAUCCUUUCCCCAGCACCGCGGUUACCUGCCGAUCAGCACCGCACCUUCAACCAAGAGGACGUAGAAGGCCACCGCCACUUGCCCCUGCACAUCCAUCACCCGCUAUCCAAACGGCUGCCUUCUGAGAGCCGGGGGAAAAAGAGCGGGCGCAAAAAGAAGAGCGGGAGGAGGCGGGGCUCGGCCAGCAGCGGCGGCGCUCCCACUAUCGAAGAGGAUGAACAAGAGGAGGAAGUAGAGGAGGACCAGUGCAGUCCACAGGAUGGAGAAGGCAACAUCACUACAUCUACACCAGACAACGAUACAGACGCUGACACGGAGCCAGUGCAGUUCUUUGUGUGUGACGAAGACUCUAAUGGCACUACUGUGGUCAACACUUGCCAGGAUACUCCAGCGCGCCAGCUCUCUGUUGUCCCCGAGUCAGCCCUACACAAGAGCACCUCUCACCCUGAGGACGUCACUGCAACUGACGAUGGCGUGUGUGUCCAUCCCAAUGGCGGGAGAGCAUCCGUUCCGUCAGGGUUCCUGCUCAUGUCUCCUGAUGCCAGCUCGAGGUUGGCUCGUAGCUACGACCUGCAGGAGCGCCGGCGCACGGGAGAUGUGACAGCCACUCAACUGACACAUUACCAACACAUGCCGACUGAUGAAAGCGAGGCACAGAUGUUGGCCACUGUCGACUUAGACGGCAUGAAGAGUCACCGGUUUGAAGAUGUCCCUGGCGUGCGGCGUCACCUGGUCAGGAAGUGCAGUAAGGGGCAGGUGGUUCAUAUCAGCAAGGACUACAAAGAGCCCAGCGGCCGCAGCCGCAAACUGGACAGAACCCCGCACGAGGUGUUUGUGGAGCUGAACGAGCUGGUGAUGGAUAAGAAUCAAGAGAUGCAGUGGAGAGAGACGGCUCGCUGGAUCAAGUUUGAGGAGGACGUCGAGGAGGAAACGGACCGCUGGGGCAAACCUCACGUAGCCUCGCUGUCCUUCCGCAGCCUCCUGGAGCUGCGUAGGACCAUCUCGCACGGCGUUGUACUCCUGGACCUGGACCAAAGGACGCUGCCUGGCAUCGCUCAUCAGGUGGUGGAGCAGAUGAUCAUCUCCGACCAGAUCCGAGCGGAAGACCGAGCCAAUGUGCUCCGAGCUCUGCUACUCAAACACAGUCACCCGAGUGAUGGGAAGGAGCACAGCUCGUUCCACAGGAACAUCUCGGCAGCGAGCCUCACCUCUUUGAUGCCUCAUCACCAUAGCAACAACCAUGUCGCCCCUCCGGAGCCUUCUGCUGCUGACCCGCUCAUAGCAGGAAGCACUGAACCUGACUCCCACCCCUGUGUCGACAUCGACAAGAGCGAGAAAGAUAUUCCUCUAGUCCUGGGCAUGCACAGAUCCAAAUCUAAGCACGAGCUCAAGCUUCUAGAAAAGAUCCCGGAAAAUGCAGAGGCCACCGUCGUGCUUGUGGGCAGGGUGGACUUCCUGGACCAGCCGUCCAUGGCUUUUGUGCGGCUGCAGGAGGCGGUGCUGCUGGAGUCGGUGCUGGAGGUCCCGAUACCAGUGCGCUUCAUAUUCGUCCUCCUUGGCCCACCCAUCGCUAACAUGGACUACCAUCAGAUCGGUCGCUCCAUAUCCACUCUGAUGUCUGACAAACAAUUUCACGAUGCAGCAUAUUUGGCAGAUGAGCGCGGGGACCUGCUGACAGCCAUUAACAACUUUCUGGACUGCAGCAUCGUGCUUCCUCCGUCAGAAGUAGGAGGUGAUGAGCUGCUGCACUCCGUGGCUCGGUUCCAGCGAGAGAUGCUGCGCAAGAGACACGAGCAAGAGGUCAAAUUACAGGCCAAGGAACCCAAGAGGCCAGAGGAUGAAGCUCUUCUGCCCCCAAGUAAACCCGUAGACGACCCCCUGCGGAGGACGGGACGCCUGUUUGGUGGGGCCAUACGAGAUGCACGCAAUCGUUACCCCAAAUACCUCAGUGACUUUAAGGAUGCCCUCAACCCUCAGUGCAUGGCUGCCGUCAUAUUCAUUUACUUUGCUGCCCUCUCUCCUGCCAUUACCUUUGGAGGACUGUUGGGUGAUAAGACUGAAGGCUUGAUGGGUGUAUCGGAGUUAAUCGUUUCCACUGCAGUACAAGGGGUUUUGUUUUGUCUGCUUGGAGCUCAGCCCCUUCUCAUCAUUGGCUUUUCUGGACCUCUGCUAGUGUUUGAAGAGGCAUUCUAUUCUUUCUGUACAUCCUAUGGACUGGAGUACCUGACAGGACGGGUAUGGAUCGGGUUUUGGCUGGUAAUUAUCGUGGUGGUUACGGUGGCCUUUGAGGGAAGCUUCCUGGUGCGUUUCGUCUCCCGCUUCACACAGGAGAUCUUCUCCUUUCUCAUCUCCCUCAUCUUCAUCUAUGAAACUUUUUCAAAGCUUGCCAAGAUCUUCAAAGACCACCCUCUCACCUCUUGCAACAGCACAGCAGAAAAUGACACUACACCAGAGUUACUGGUCAACUCCAGCAGAACUCAAGACAUACCUGCGAAAGUAUUGAACCAGCCCAAUACAGCCCUGCUAUCCCUGGUGCUUAUGUCAGGAACCUUCUUCAUUGCCUUCUACCUGCGCAAAUUUAAGAACAGCGCGUUCUUCCCUGGCACUCUCCGCAGGGUGAUUGGAGAUUUUGGUGUUCCCAUUGCUAUCUUCAUCAUGGUUUUGGUGGACUAUAGCAUAAAAGACACCUUCACACAAAAGCUGAGUGUGCCGAGCGGCUUCAGUGUGACUAGCCCUGAGAAACGGGGCUGGGUGAUCAACCCAUUGGGUUCUGACGGUCAGUUCCCAGUCUGGAUGAUGGCUGCCAGCAUUCUGCCUGCCCUGCUCGUUUUUAUCCUCAUCUUUAUGGAGACACAGAUCACCACUCUUAUUGUGAGUAAAAAGGAGAGGAUGCUGGUGAAGGGGUCUGGCUUUCAUUUGGACCUGUUGAUCAUUGUAGCCCUGGGUGGGGUCUCAGCUUUGUUUGGCCUGCCCUGGCUGGCUGCUGCAACCGUGCGCUCCGUGACUCACGCCAAUGCCCUUACUGUCAUGAGUAAGGCUGUGGCACCUGGCGAUAAACCACGCAUCCAGGAGGUAAAGGAGCAGAGGGUGACUGGACUUCUUGUAGCAAUUCUCGUUGGUCUUUCUAUUGUGAUUGGGGAUGUGCUAAGGAAGAUCCCCAUCGCUGUGCUGUUUGGCAUUUUUCUCUACAUGGGGGUUAUGUCCCUCAAUGGUAUCCAGCUGACUGAACGUAUGAUGCUAUUGCUGAUGCCUCCCAAAUAUCACCCAGACCACAUGUAUGUGCGGAAGGUGCGCACUCUACGGAUGCACCUUUUCACAGGUAUCCAGGUGGUGUGUUUGGCUAUGCUCUGGGGCAUCAUGUCCUCCCAGGCCUCGUUAGCUUUUCCCUUCGUCCUCAUCCUCACCGUGCCCAUCAGGAGGUUCCUGCUGCCGCGGAUCUUCAACCAGCGCGAAAUGCAGUGUCUUGACGCGGAUGACGCAGAGCCCACAUUCAACAUGAGGGAGGGCCAAGACGAGUACACGGAGAUGCACGUGCCCGUCUGAUGCGGCUCAAUGAAGAAAUGGAAUCACACGCACACAAUCCAAGACUUUUCCAGUACAUCAUGUUAUCAAAGUCUAUAACCAAUCAGUUACUGUAAUCACUGUAGUUCUGUCCCCAGAAGCAGCAGAGUCAUGCCGAUAGAAUCAUUUUUAUAGCUUUGUAUCCAUUUUGAAUUUUAACCGAUAGGAAGAUUUGAUAGAAACUAUAUUUGCAUAUUUAACGGAUUCCUGGUUGUCAGUAUAUAGUCGUUUUAUCCGUGAGGUUUAGUGUGUACUAACCCCCAGAUGUAUAUUUGUAGUGAGUGUGAAACGUGAGACACCCCCCUCUGUCCCCCACACGAAGCACUUUAUGACCAAUCAUAAUGAUUUUGUUUAUUGAUUUUUUUUUCUUUCAUCUUGCUGAAACCAGGGGGAAAUAUAAAGUAGGUGGAACAACUAUUAAACGUCUAACAAUAUUUAGGUAGCAGAGCUACGGAAGCCGAGAGAGGCCCUUCAUAUAAUCCUUUUUUUAAUUCACCUUGUUAUC